CCCAGGAUAGAGCCUUGUGGAACACCAUAUCGGAUAUCAUGUGUCUUUGAGAUUUGAUUACCACAACUCACAAAGGCUAAGAAAGUGACUACUCAGCUCUAACAAUGGAGAGGCAAACAAAGUAUCCGAAAUGCAGUCCAAGAUAUGCCAAAUGUGGAGCAAAAAAACAAAUAGUUCCAGCAAGAAUAAACAGGAUUAAUAAAGGGAAACUGUCAGGCAUCUUACCAAUUACCAUAACUCCAUAUGAAAUACAAAAAGGAAGCAAUAGUAGGAACUAUGCAAGUGCUACGCUGAACCCUCACACCCAUGUAAAGUAAUAAGAAAUAAAGCAGUACAACUGGACUAUCCUGACUAUAAAGUGCAACGUCCACUCUUGUCUUCAUAGUAAGUACACCAAGAUAAUUUGGAGAAAUUAACCCUUAGAGAAGAAGGAACAUUUAAUGAGAUGUACCCCCCUCUGUAUUCAAGAAUGACCAUUAGGGUCAAAGAUGUAAAUCAGAGUUGAGUUGACUCCUCUGCAAAGAAUCCUAAAAGGACAUUCAUUUUAGUCUUGUAACACAAACUGAACUCUGGUUGAAUGUGAUGGAUAUAACACACCAAUGAGCUGGCACAGGCUCUUUAACUGCUAAGAACCUUGGUCCAUUCACCAGAGGUUACACCUUCAUUUCCAAUGGGGUGCAUUCACUUACUUUCUGUGGGGAGAAAAAGCUCACAAACUUUCCCUGGCCUGGGAGCUGCUCUCCAUAGAACCUUAGAUACGGAAGACCUUGAUGAGCUCUAAGAUUCCAAACCAAGCUUUGUGCCAGCAACUGAGCCCAGUCUGAGGAGAUGGAACAACAUAAGGGAACUUCAGCACUUAAACUCUCUUACAUCAGAAGGAGUCCUGCUUUUCCCUACAAAGUCGCAGAGGAAACAGUGAGCUGAGGACGGCGAUGAGGGUUACUAGAUUUGACGAGCACUUUACAGGCCAAUCACAGUCAAAAUCCUGUCCAAUCCUACAAAAUCUAGCCCAGCAUUGGCUACUCCUUUUCAAGCCAGCAAACUGUGAACCAUCUUCUCCUCCACCGCCUCCAAGCAGUAAACAUUAUGACCAUCACUCCUCUGAAUGGUGAAUUGAUACUUCAUUUACAUAAGUAGGCGGGACAAGUUCACCAUGAAGGCCAUCUUUUUUAUGGUGUGUCAGGCUCUUUGCCUUUACCUCAUCGUGUGUAUUGACAGUCGUCUGGACUUCAAGUGGCAGGCUUGGAAGAAGACCCACGGCAAACAGUACAAGAAGGCAAGUGAACUGCAAAAAAGAACAAUAUGGGAAGAGAACUUGAAGAAAAUUAAUGCCCACAACCUGCUGUACAAGAGAGGAAAAUCAACCUUUAAGUUGGGAAUGAACCAGUUUGGAGAUCUAACAUCUUCAGAGUUUGCCAGUAUGCUGAGUUCCUAUUCCAUGAAGCACGUGAGGGACGGCACACUGUCUGCCACCGACCUGCGGAGUGCUGCCAGUAAGCUGAACCUGACCAGUAUCGAUUACAGGACACUGGGGUACGUCACACCCGUCCAAGACCAGGGAUAUUGUGGCUGCUGUUGGGCAUUCAGUGCUGCUGGAGCAAUCGAGGGGCAAACCUUCAAUAAAACGGGCAAGCUGAUACCACUGAGCAAGCAGAAUCUGCUGGACUGUGCAGAGUAUCUGGGGAACCAGGGCUGCUCAGGCGGUAGGCCCUCUCUGGCCUUCCAGUACGUGAUCGACAAUGGAGGAAUUCAGGCUGAGGCGACCUAUCCCUACACAAUGGCAGUUGGGUCCUGUCGUUUUAACAGCAGCAAGGUUGCCGCCACUGUGGCAAAUUACAAAUACCUCCCAAUUGGCAAUGAGCAGGCUUUGGCAGAUGCCCUGGCAACCAUUGGGCCAAUCUCAGUGGUCAUAGAUGCCAGUCAGAUCAGCUUCCAGUUCUACCUGUCUGGAAUCUACAAUGAUCCAAAGUGCUCCGUACUUAACCUAAGUCAUGCCAUGCUGGCAGUCGGCUAUGGGGUCCAAGGAAGUAGUAAUUACUGGAUUAUCAAAAACAGCUGGGGCACCAUGUGGGGUGUUAAUGGCUACCUGUUGCUGGCCAAGGACAAGAACAACGCCUGUGGAAUCAGCCAGUAUGGCGCUGUCCCUUUUGUCUGAGACACGUGACUGGCUCCCUUUGUGUUCCUCUGAUUUGAGUGCAGUCGUAAGCCGGACUCUCAUCUUUGGACUUGUGUAGAAUUAGAAAUCUGGGGUGUGGGGUGAGGUGGAAUGUGAGCGGCACUAAUGGGACAAUCAAAUGAAAACAGGCUGCUAAACACACACACACUGUCAUGGAGGCCUAAAUAGACAGUUAAUCAUAAUGAUGGCUGAUUAGAGUUGACAGGAAAUUUGUGUAGAGGUAGGCAAGUGAUUAUUUUGUAGUUCUGUGUCAGUUGAGUAGACCAGCCACAAGCAUUUUAUAGUAACAAUAAAUAACAAUUCAUAAAUCUGAGCUGAUAUGAUUUGCCAGUACUCAUUCUUCAUGUACGCAAAACGA